GCGGGCCGACCAGGAGCGGGGGCGCAGUAGGGGGGGGAGAAGAACCGCAGAGUGUAGGGAAGAUGGCGGUUGCUGAUGCGGAAGAGGUGGACAUGAGCGGGAGAGGGCAGCAUGCGGAAGCAGCCGAUCCAACAUUGUCGCGAGGAACAGAGGCGCCACUGCCUCCGCGUCGAUUCCGCGGCCGGGCGGCUUUCGUUGGUAGUAGCGAAGCAAGCGGGGGCCAAGGGCAGGGGCAGGGGGAAAAGACGUCGGCGCAGCUUGCCCUGUCCUCCGAACGAAGCGAUUCCCGCCGUUCGAUCAAUCGGAUCGUGCGCCAGCAAGUGCCGUCCGAGAUCCUCGAGAAUCCGUUGCUGAAGGCGGCUAUGGCCGUUCUGCCAGGCAAUUACAACCUCGAGAUUCCGAAGACGAUAUGGCGGAUCAAGCAAGCGGGGGCGCGGCGCAUAGCGCUGCAGUUCCCCGAGGGUCUGUUAAUGUACGCGUGCACCAUCGCCGAUAUCCUGGAGAAAUUCGCUCAUGCGCAGUGUAUCGUGAUGGGUGACGUGGCGUACGGCGCGUGCUGCGUGGACGAUUUCAGUGCGGCGGCGCUCGGCGCGGAGUUCUUGGUUCAUUACGGCCACAGCUGUCUGGUCCCCGUGGACGUGACCUCGAUCCCGGCUAUGUACGUGUUUGUGGAGAUCGGGAUCGACGUCUCACACCUGGUGGAGACGAUCCGGCUCAACUUCCCGCCUGCCACGAAGCUCAUUUUGGCGGGAACCAUCCAAUUCGUCUCCGCCAUCCAGGCGGCGAAAUCCGCCCUCAAGGGUGAUUAUCCCGACAUCGUAGUCCCACAGUCAAAGCCAUUAUCGCCGGGCGAAGUGCUGGGCUGCACAGCACCUAAGCUCGACCACUCAGCAGCAGAGUCCAUCGUGUUUGUUGCUGACGGUCGUUUCCAUCUCGAGGCCAUCAUGAUUGCCAAUCCGACCCUUCCGGCGUACCGAUACGAUCCUUACUCAAAGGUGCUGACGGUGGAAGAGUACGACCACGUGGGAAUGAGAGAUGUGAGAAGACGAGCAAUCGAGAAGGCGGCGUCUGCUCGGAGAUGGGGCGUGGUCCUCGGGACACUGGGAAGACAGGGCAAUCCAAGGAUAAUGAGGCAUUUCAUAUCGAGACUGGAGGGGAGAGGGAGGGAGUACAUGCUGGUAUUGAUGUCGGAGCUUAGUCCACAGAAACUGUCGGCAUUCAGCUCAACGAUUGACGCCUGGGUGCAGAUCGCCUGCCCGCGGCUGUCUAUCGACUGGGGGGAGGCUUUCGGCGGGGUGCCGUUGCUCAAUCCUUACGAAGCGGAAGUUGCACUCGGUUUUGUACCGGGAUGGUGGGAGAGAGGGAGAGAAGAGAAGUUGGGCGGGGGGAGAAGGAAGACGGAGACAGGUCCUCUUUGGUGCAAGGAAGAGCAGGAGGGGAAGAAAGGGGAGGAGGAGAAGAUGAUCGGGUUGGGGUUUUCGAAGGCGAGAGCCGAGGCUGUGGGAUGUCAAGGCGGAAGCCAGCGGGGGUCCAUGGACGGCAAUUGUGAGGUGAGGACAGCUAUGGAGUCCGGUGAAAUGGCUGCGGGAGGAGGAGAAAGUAGCAGGGGGGAAUGUGUAGAAGAAAGAUGUGGAACAGAGGAAGCCGUGGCUGGGAGUGCUUGUUGUGCAACGGAGGGGAGGAAAGAGGCCGAUGAUGACGAAGCGAGUGCAAGUGCGGAUGGCGGGAAGACGGCUGCUGAUGUCGUGAUGAUGGGGUCUUAUCCCAUGGACUAUUAUGCCAGAGAUGGUGGGCCUUGGGGUUCUGCACAUACGUUGAGAAGUGGAAAUGGGUCUGUGAUCAAUGCAGGAAGAAUAGGGGUGAGGGGCUUUAGUUUCCGAGGGGGAGAGAAGCAGUAGGGGAAGCAGUCAGUAGGGGAAGUAAUAGAGAGUCCCUGUACUGCUGGGUUUUUUUUUUUUUUUUUUUUUUUUUCUUUUCUUGGUGGGAUCUGGAGAGAACAGGGGAAUAAAUGUCCUCUGCAUGA